UCUAGUCGACACUUUCACAGAGCAAUGACGAACAUCGGACUCGCUCGUUUUUGUGCUCUGUGGGUUUAGUUUAGUCUCGCGGCUACUUCGCCCGCGGAUAGUCGCGGACGCGUGUCAAAGCUGCCACGCUAUUGUCGGUGUUUAGUUGGCCCUAUAAUCUGCUCUAAAAACGUGAUUUUCACAAAAAACCUUUACAAUGGAUCCCGAAGCAUUCUUGGACCUGGCCAACCAGGUCAUAAAACUAAAAAUGUAUCCGUAUUUUGACAUAGCGCAUUCAUUAUUAUGCGCUCUUGCAGUCAGAGAAGAUUUAGGAGCUGGUGCGCAGGCGUUCUCCCGCAAACACCCCCUGGCGUGCUGGUUGUCCACGAUGCUGGUGAUCUUCGCGGGCGGCAUGGUGGUCAACGGGCUGUUGGGGGAGCCCAUACUCGCACCGCUCAAGAACACGCCUCAGCUUGUCAUUGGAACUGUUACUUGGUAUAUAGUAUUCUACACACCUUUUGACGUUGGAUACAAGGUGGCAAAAUUCCUGCCGGUGAAGAUAGCAGCGUCAGCCAUGAAGGAGAUCUACCGCGCGAAGAAAGUCUAUGACGGGGUCUCUCAUGCCGGCAAACUGUAUCCCAACGCUUACGUUAUCAUGAUUAUUGUUGGCACAUUGAAAGGCAAUGGUGCCGGCUUCACGAGGCUGGUGGAAAGACUCAUUCGCGGGGCCUGGACCCCCACUGCUAUGGAGACUAUGCAACCUAGCUUCUACACCAAGGCAUCGUUGGUGGCGUCCAUCAUUUUUGUGCUGGACAAGAAAACCGACCUGAUCUCAGCGCCGCACGCGCUGGUCUACUUCGGCAUAGUCAUCUUCUUCGUUUAUUUCAAGCUCUCGUCAAUCUUGCUUGGUAUCCACGACCCAUUCGUGCCUUUCGAGAACUUGUUCUGCGCACUCUUCAUGGGCGGCAUCUGGGACUCCCUGGCCAAGUUGCUGGGCAAGGGCCAGCCUAAAGAGGAGACCAAAGACGCUAAAAAGACAAAUUAAGAUACAUGAUACGCAACAUCUUCGUAUCGUGAUCAACUGACACCGACAAUAUAAAAUGCGACUGCUUCCAUUUAUACCAAAGAAAAUUAUGAAAAAUGUAUAAAAAAAGAGAAAAACCCUUUAAAUCCUAAAAAAAUGGCACAACGACCAAAGUUUUGAUUUCAUUACUUUAAGUUCACUAGUCAUUAAGGUUAUUUAGUUAAUUAAUAAGACAGCUAAUGUUUAUUUCAAAUGCUUUUGUUCUUAAACUUUUAAUUUCACAUACAAUAAAAUAUUUAAAGUAUUAAUUAAUUUUUAAAGUAUUAGUUGAUUAGUUCCUAGUAUUUUGAUUGCCAAAUAAUUUUUAGACAUUUAUUAGAAAACGAAUUUAUAAGAAUGCUGUGACCCGCCAUACCACAAUAAUUAUUAUUUUAUACCUGAGUUUUAUACCUAUGUAGUUAAGUAUGUUUUAGUGUUUUCAGCGUGUGAAAAAAAUGUUGAGCAUUAAAAUUGUAUUAUAUUGUACUAUCGAAACGAAUAUCGACCUCCGACUUCCUUUACGUAAAAAAAGAUUACAAAAAAUGCAGAAUUAUCAUUGUUUUAUGUUUUUAACCAAAUGAUGUUUUAUUUAUAUUAUAAUAAUUUUUUGUGACGAAAAGAAGAUUCCUAUUAUAGUUUUAAUUGAUGGGUUUGCUGUAAUGAAACGCCUGGCCGAGUCGCGGGGUGCAUGCGCUGAGGUGCACGCGUUUCGUUUCAAAUUGUUAUUUAUUUUUAAUUGUUAACAUUGGACGUACUAAAGGAAGCAAUAAAUUGUUUUUUUUAAGUAA